AUGUGCUCUGUGCUUGAAUUCGAAUCCGAGCACCCGAAGCAGCGCGGGCUGCCUGAGCGUCUCUCAGCGGGGAUGUUCAGGUUAGUAGCUCUGCCAUUCACAUCUACGCUGCGUUCUGUUCCACGAUUUUGCCCAUGCAAUUCUUCCGCGAGAUUACCUGCUUUGACACGUCACCUCCGUCUCCGAUGCGCUUCAUCUCACUCAUCCCCACCCAAUCCGACCGAUAACACGCAGCCAGAGCCUCUGCGCACUCCCGAGGCGCAAUCUACUACGAAUGCAGAGGCCGAUCGUUUGGCGGAGAUGAAGGAACAAUUACGGGGGUGGACAGAGACCGCGUCUGCACGGCUACGGGAGCGCGUAGACAAGUUCACCGCCGACCUCGCAUCUACGUUUUCUCAGCUCGGGGGAGAGCUUAAUAGAGUGACUGGCUAUGGCGAGAUAGAAGUACUCAAGAAAAGAGUUGUCGAACAAGAGGGACGGAUAAAUGCUGCUCGGCAGGCAUCUAGAGAAGCGAAGGGAGCCUAUGACAGGGCGGUCCUCCAGCGCGCGGCGUCGCAGCGCGAGGUCAAUGACCUGCUGCAGCGCAAGUCUACAUGGACAGACGAGGAUGUCGGCCGAUUCACCUCGCUCGUGCGCCAAGACCACCUCCGCGAACAAGACGAAUCCCGCGCAAAAGCAUCCGCCACGCAGUCCGAGGACGCGGUGGAGCGCGAGUUCAGCGAGCUCAUGCGCGUCAUACUGAAUCGGUACCACGAAGAGCAGGCGUGGUCGGACAAAAUCCGGAGCGCAUCAACUUAUGGCUCCUUGGCUGUGCUAGGCGUCAACAUGGCCGUGUUCAUCCUCGCGAUACUGUUUGUCGAGCCGUGGAAGCGGCGGAAGCUUGCGCAGACCUUCGGAAGGAAGGUCGAUCAGCUCUCUGCAGAGAGUACGGCUCUCCUUGAGAGCAAGACGCAGCAGUUGAGUGAGCGGCUAGACGGACAGGACCAGAUGUUGGCGCAGAUCGUGGAGACAGUGUACUACUCUUCACAACCUGCACAGGUUGGGCAGCUAGCAGAGGAUAACCCCAAUAUUAUACCGCCACAACCUCAGCUGAAGUCAACGAUAGUGGUGAACCGAGAGUUCGCCUUGGCAAUUACCACCAGCGCGGCGGCUGCAGGCAUCUUGGGGUGGUUGGCUCGGAGUUGGUUUGGAUGA